AUGGCGCCCAAAAACCAAGCGGCAUGGAUUGUCGAAAAGAAGAGUUCACUGUUGAAAGUGAGCGGUGCACCAUACAGCUCCCCGGGCCCCGGCCAAGUCACCACCAAGAACGGCGCAGUCGCAAUAAACCCAUUUGACUGGGUUCUCCAAUACCAAUCCGGCAUGCUGGCCGGUCACCUGAAAUACCCAAUGGUGCUAGGCACGGACGUAGCCGGCACAGUCGUGGAAGUCGGACCUGGCGUGACGCGCUUCAAAGUCGGCGACAGAAUAGCAGGCAACGCAGUCUCCGCAGCAAAGGAGUCGAACGAUCCGGCCGAGGGCGCUUUUCAACUCUACAGCGUCAUGCGUGAAAACAUGAUUACCAAGGUCCCUGAGCAUUUCAGCCACGAGCAAGCUGCCUCAUUGGGCCUCGGCGUUGUGACUGCUACUUACGGUCUCUUCCAUAAGGAUUACUUGGGUCUCGAUAUGCCACAGCAUGGACAGAAAUACCCACGCGCGGUCAUUGUCACAGGUGGCGCAUCGAGUGUUGGAGCUUCCGCAGUGCAGCUUGCUGUUUCGGCGGGUUACAAGGUCUUCUCGACUUCUUCACCCAAGAACUUUGCCAUGGUCAAGAGACUCGGCGCGGCGGAGGUCUUCGACUACAAUAGUUCAACCUUGGUUUCGGACCUUGAGCACGCACUGAAGGGAUAUAAGUUUUGCGGUGCUUACUCUAUCGGCGCGAAUGCUGAUGCCGUUUGUGUCUCUGUCAUUCGUGAGCGUCUGGCAAAGUCUCCUGAGCUGCCUACCAAGAAGUUUGUUGCUUUGGCCGGUGGUAAGCCGAUGGCUGCGGAUGCAAUCAAGGGGGCUUUCGGGUUGUACAGAAUGAUGGGCAAUAUGACGGGUAUGAUGAGCAAGAAUGCAAUCACUAAGUUUUUCACUGGUGUACAGGUCAAGUUCAUCAUGAUGACCGAUCUGAUUCAAGCCGACAGCUGUGUUUCCAAUAUCUAUCUUGAGUUCUUAGGGCCUGCGCUAGCCAAUGGGCAGUUUGUCCCAGCGCCAGAACCGAAAGUUGUGGGGCAUGGUCUGGAGAAGAUCAAUGAAGCUUUGGAGAUUAAUCAGAAGGGAGUCUCGGCUAACAAGGUAGUUGUUUCGCUACCUUGA